CCUCGCGCUUUUUAGCCCUUGACGUAUGAAGAGGACGGUAGCAACAGUUGCCUCGAGACCCCCGCUCGCCAUAGUGACUGUAGUCGUGGAGACAGUUACUUACCAACGGGAGCAACACUCAGCAACAGCGGCAGCAGCAGCAACUGGAGGAGAGAGAGAGGGAAAAGAACAGUAAAGCCAGGGCAGAUCUAAGCAAAAGUCUGAGGAGAAACCAUGCAGCGGUCAGAGGGCAGCUCAGAGUCGGCGUCCACUGUGGCGCUGAGAACGUCCACUUCAGCCCAGGCGCCGGUGGUUCAGCCCGUUCCCGCCUCGCAACAGCGUGUGUUAGUUCAGGCCACCGGCUCUUCCCAGAAGGGAGCUCAGGUGCAGCAGUUGCCAGUGCCUAGAGUGCAACAGGUCCCUCAGCAGGUACACACACACACACACACAGUACAGUCAAACCCUGUUCAGCAUGUGUACCAGUCCCAGGUGCAGUACGUAGAGGGAGCAGAGGCUGUCUACCCCAAUGGCACAAUUCGUACUGCCUACUCAUACAACCCUGAGUCCCAGCUGUAUGGACAGGGCAGCGGAAGCAACUAUUUCGACUCUCAAGCGGGGGGAACUCAGGUUACCACUGUUGUCUCGUCUGCUGGUGGAGUGCCUGCCCACAGCAUGGUGGGAAUCGCUAUGGAUGUGGGUGGCAGUCAGAUCAUUUCCAGCGGCAGUGCCUACCUGAUUCACGGCGGGAUGGAGAGCGGCCGCCACCACACCUCUCACUCCUCACGCUCCUCAUCUGCAAUGCUUGAAAUGGCGAUUGAAAACCUCCAAAAGUCAGAAGGGAUUGCCACUCACAAAAGCAGCCUGCUCAACAGCCAUUUGCAGUGGUUGCUGGAUAAUUAUGAGACGGCUGAGGGAGUGAGUCUGCCGCGGAGCUCUCUGUAUAACCACUACCUGAGACACUGUCAGGAGCAAAAACUGGAUCCGGUUAAUGCCGCCUCUUUUGGCAAACUCAUCCGCUCUGUCUUCAUGGGCCUUCGCACACGCCGACUUGGCACCAGGGGGAACUCAAAAUACCAUUAUUAUGGCAUUCGUCUGAAGCCUGACUCGCCUCUCAACCGGUUGCAGGAGGACACGCAGUACAUGGCAAUGAGACAACAACCUGUCCAUCAGAAACAGAGGUUUAAGCCCUUUCACAAGAUGGAUGGGAUGGGGGACAGUCUGAACAGCGGCUCCCAGCACUCGUCCAGCACCCCCGAGCAAAGCGUGGCGGCCCAGAGCCAGCAUCACCAGCAGUAUAUUGAUGUGUCUCACGUCCUUCCCCCCUUCCCUUCACCUGAUCUGGGCUCUUGUCCUCUGCCUGAGCCAAUCAGCAUCAACGAUGUCAAAAAUCUACAGAACAACUACAGGAUUCACUGUGAGGCGACUCUGGACGUAGUGAUGAACUUGCAGUUCCAUCUCAUAGAGAAGCUAUGGCAGACCUUUUGGUAUUCAACAGCGCCAUCUAGUGACGGAGCCACUACCAUUAACAGUGAAGAGGAUGUGGAGGACAUCCCAGGAUUCCCCAGAGAGAAGCUGAUCGCUCUGUGUAAAUAUGAACCAAUCAAACAAUGGAUGAGGAGCUGUGAUCACAUCCUGUAUCAGGCACUGGUGGAGAUUCUCAUCCCUGAUGUACUGCGGCCUGUUCCCAGCACACUCACUCAAGCUAUCAGAAACUUCGCUAAGAGUCUAGAGGGGUGGCUGACCUCAGCUAUGACUGACUUCCCACAGGAGAUUGUCCGCACUAAGGCUGCAGUCGUGAGUGCGUUUGCGCAGACCCUGCGCCGUUACACCUCUCUGAAUCAUCUGGCUCAGGCGGCUCGAGCCGUCCUGCAGAACACCUCGCAGAUCAACCAGAUGCUCAGCGACCUCAACAGAGUGGACUUCGCUAACGUGCAGGAGCAGGCGUCCUGGGUGUGCCAGUGUGAUGAGAGUGUGGUCCAGCGUUUGGAGCAAGACUUUAAGGUGACCCUGCAGCAGCAGAGCUCUCUGGAUCAGUGGGCCGCCUGGCUGGAUAACGUGGUCAACCAGGUUCUGAAACCCUACGACGGCAGUCCCAGCUUCCCUCGCGCCGCGCGCCAGUUCCUGCUCAAGUGGUCCUUUUACAGCUCCAUGGUGAUCAGAGAUCUGACUCUGCGCUCGGCCGCAAGCUUUGGCUCCUUCCACCUCAUCCGUCUGCUCUAUGAUGAAUACAUGUUCUAUUUGGUAGAACACCGUGUCGCCCAUGCAACCGGAGAGACGCCCAUUGCUGUCAUGGGGGAGUUCAGUGACCUCAGUUCAAUGAUGCCAUCACUCAUGGAGAAAGAUGCCUCAUUCUCAGACGAUAUGGCCAGUGAUGGAGACAUGUCGAGGAUGAGCGAGAGGAGUAUGAGCGAGCCGGCGGUGAAGAGAGAGAGAAUCGAGAGCAGUCACUCCCUGCAGGAGAUCUAAGAGCAGGGCGUCAGGCUCACCCCAGACCACAUUCUUACGGCUGCCGGUGGCCAAGCUAACACUCGGCCGUGAGGUUUUUCUUUAUCUUGAGGGUUCGUAGGUCUGUUUAGGGUCAGUGUGUGUGUCUCUCUCUCUCUCUCUCUCGCUCGCGCCUUUAGGUUUUCUCCAACUGUGAAACAAGAACGUGCUGGUUUUGUGACGUGUUUUUUCAUGUGCCAUAGUCUUCUUUCAGUGCCUUAGAUGAGAAAAGAAACACUAGAGCAGAACUGUCUCUCUCUUUCUCUUUGACCUUCUCUCGUUCUGUCGUUUCCUCGGCCGUGCCUCUAACCGCAGAAUGAAUGUAUCGUCUCAGAACCUCAGAUGUGUCUAAAGCACCUUUUAAAGAUGGUCACAUUUUUUCGACUUUCUGCCUCGGCCGUUUCCUCAGGCGUAGAUGCAACCUGCUGACCCCAAAGCUGCAUCGCAGCGCCCACCCAAACCUGCUGCACAUGCAAAGCCUUUCCACGACGAAAUGGAUGGAGAACGCUCCAUUCCAGACGUUUUGUAGAUAAACCCCUGGCCAUAUGAGAUGCCUAGUCUAUACCUCAACAGUUUUUAGUUCUAAUGAGUUAAUGUCUAACUUUUAAUACGUUUUAUAAAAGUCACUAUAAGAGAUUAUUCGACUGUUUGCUCCGAUCGGUUGCCCUGAAAGUACCCCGUUCUCGUUCGAAAGCUUCAGGAUGUACAUACGCCUACUGUGUUGAUGGUCACUGCUCUGCUGCUCUUGAACCCAAGCAAAGCAGUUUUCACCAAAUAUGGUUUGUGAAACUUUUUGGUCUAGUUUUGUAGUUAUUUGAUGAGUUCUUAGUUGUUUGCAGUGGUUAAAAAGAGCCUCGGUGAUUUGUCGAUAUAUUGAACGUACCUGUGAGCGUGCAUCUGUACACAAGGCCUUCUGAAGUAACUGGAAGUGAGUCUGCGCUCACCAGGUUAUGACUAGUUUUGUGUUAUUU